AUGGAUCUACCUUUACGACCUGCGGCGCCUUCGAGUAUUCCCCUGCGCGUUAAACCCGCUCUUACAACAUUGCCAAUCGAGAUCAAGAACGAGAUCUUUUCCCACCUCUUGCUCGGCGAGAAGGUCAAGUACUUCGAGCCUGGCACUGUCCUGGGAUAUGCCUACGCUUUUCAGAUGAAGAUUGCGCGCACAAACAAGCAGCUCUACAAGGAGGCAAACGGAUACCUGCGCACGCACAAUGACUUUGCUUUGGUCCAUCUAAAAUACCCACGCCUCGUCCGGAAUCUCUCUCCUCAUGUCGCAGUGGGAAACGGAGCCGAGUCGUUCAAGGAUCCUGCCAUCGAAGCCACUGUUGAAGAUUUGGAACCAAAAGAUAUCUAUAUCAUCAACCACCGGCAUAAAGAUUUCCACAAGGGCGGAGAGGCUCUCACCCAGCAUGUGAUAUUCCUCGCCCAAGAUCUGUCCCAUUUCUGCCGAUACCUGCAACUCGACAUUCACACUCAAAAGCGUUACCUGGAUGAACUUUUGUCCCAUGGACACCACGGAAGUGAGAAAUUGCGUUGUGCGUAUGUCAUGGUUGCCAAGUUGGUGCACUCACCGUUUCCAAUCAUUGGCUGGUACAACACUGCGUUUCUCUUCAAAGCACCAUACCGCUGGAUGCCUGCUCGUCCUUUGUCGACAACAUCUUUCCAGGGCGAAGCUGAGCUCUGCAUGGCAAGCCCUUGGCUCAAGUAUGCGUAUGUUACAGCACUCGAAUGUCUUCUGAACGCUAUGAGUCUUGCUCUUGACGAUGGCGAUUUUGAACUCUUGUCAGAGACGUGUGGCGUUACUGCGGUCAUGGUCAACAUGUUCCAUCUCCGUGCUGCUUUGUCAAUUGAACAGACUAGUCUGAUCCGCCACUAUCGCAUAUUGCAAGGUAUAUUCACUAAGGUUUCUGUGGCACGUCUCCACUCAACCGACGUGGACAUGGCAAUGCGGAUGUUGGAUCCGGUUGCAUCUAUCGGGGAAAUCGACUAUCUGUACCGCAAAGAAGAUUUCGAUUAUCUAAAGAGCGUCUUUGAACACACACUCUCUGCUCCAAACACUUUCCACAACUUUGAUCCUCCAGGCCUGAAACGUCGCAAACGCACCUUCACUGACCCGCUGGUUUUCAAUCGCCCUUCUGACAUGUAUGGCUGGACGUCCGAUACCGUUAGAAACCUCAGCCCUGGUCUCAAGAAGAGCAUCAUUGAACACUCGGAUGCUGCCAUCAAGAGCAAAGAUAUCGUUUCCCCUGAGAAGACCGGUGCUGAAGGACAUGUGAUGUUGAAUCUCUACGAUGGCACGCCUCCAGAGGGCUUCUCAGACUGGUAG